AUGGAUAUGAGCUCUGUGACAAAUGGGUAUUUGGAGACAAUUGUAGAUUGGGUACCAGGAAUGAACGAUAUUCGAUUGAGAGAUUUUCCGAGUUUCAUUAGAACAAUAGACCGAAAUGAUAUUAUGCUCAACUUCCUCGUCGGAGAAGUUGAGGCCAUGACCAAAGCCUCUGCUAUCAUCUUCAACACCUUCGAUGCCUUGGAACAUGAUGUUCUACAAACUCUUUCGACCAUGCAUCCUCGAGUAUACAGUGUUGGUCCGUUACAUUUGAUGCAAAAUGAAAUUCAGGACGACAAGGUUAAAUCCAUUGGGUCAAAUCUCUGGAAAGAAGAACCAGCUUGCAUCGAAUGGCUCAACGACAAAGAACCCAACUCUGUAAUGUACGUGAACUUUGGAAGUAUAACUGUAAUGACAGCUCAACAACUCACUGAGUUUGCAUGGGGGCUUGCUAACAGUAAGAAACCCUUCUUGUGGAUAAUAAGGCCUGAUAUAGUCGUCGGAGACUCGGCCAUGUUGCCACCGGAGUUUGUGACGGAGACUGAAGAAAGAGGCAUGUUAGCAAGCUGGUGUCCACAGGAACAGGUCCUGAAUCACCCGGCGAUUGGAGGGUUCUUAACGCAUAGUGGGUGGAACUCCACCAUUGAAAGUGUUUGUGGUGGUGUGCCAGUGAUUUGUUGGCCAUUUUUUGCUGAGCAACAAACGAAUUGUAGAUACAGUUGUGUUGAAUGGGGAAUAGGCAUGGAGAUAGAUAAUGAUGUGAAGAGAGAUGAAGUGGAGGAGCUUGUAAAGGAGUUGAUGGAGGGAGAGAAGGGUAAGGAAAUGAAGAAGAGGGCCAUGGAAUGGAAGAACAAAGCAGAAGAGGCCUCUAGACCUGGUGGGUCUUCUCACAUGAACUUGGAGAAAUUGUUUAGGGAUGUGCUCUUACCAAAGUAA